AUGAAUAUAUUCAAGUUUAUGUUUACCUUUUGUCUGUUAUUCCCUCAAUAUGUGACUCCUGAUGAUAAAACUGUAUUUGAAUACGAUCCAGAUGAAUUUUAUAAACAAAUCGUAAACAAGGAUGGAAACUUUAUAAUGUUCUAUACGCCAUGGUGUCGGCAUUGCACAGAAUUUCACCCAAUUUGGUCAGAAUUGGGAAAUCUUAUAAACUCCAGGCAGUAUGAUAUAGCAAUUGCUCAAGUAGAUUGCAUGAAACAUUCAAAACUAUGCCAUGAAAAUGAUAUUACAGGAUAUCCUACUUUGUUGUAUUACCAUAAGAAUUCAUUUACUCCCGUAGAAUACAAAAGCACAAGAGACCUGCCUUCUCUUACACUUUUCUUAAGUGCGGUGUAUACUAAAAAUAAAAAACCAAAGCCAAAAGAAAGGAUAUUGCCUAAUGUGGAGAUAUUUGGUGGUAUGGCAUUUUUGGAUGACUACAAUAUAGAGAAAUUUGUGUCGAAAGGACAGCACUUUGUGUUAUUCUAUGUUCCGUGGUGUACUGCAUCCCAGAAAUUAGCAAUCGUCUGGGCAGAGAUGGCGAAGCUAUAUGAGAGUAAUGAAUACCUACAGAUCGGAAGGAUUAAUUGUUACCAUAAUGAAAUAACCUGUCAGAACUUUGAUAUCAAACAGUAUCCGCUUCUACUGUGGAUUGUUAAUGGAAGGAUUAUGGGACAAACUGAUAUGAAAACAUUGCCGGAACUCCAAGAGUAUGUCGAAAAGAUGUUGCUGACGGAAAACCAUGAUCCAGAAAAAUUUGUCAAGAAAAAAAAAGCUUUACCAGUGGCCAGGAUAUCGGAGGAAACAUUUGAAACCUUUUUGGAGAACGAACUGGUUUAUGUUAACUAUUUUGCUCCAUGGUGUGCCCAUUGCAUGCAAUUGAGCCCACUGUGGUUGAAGCUUGGUGAACGGUUUCAAAAUGAAAGCCGAGUUAUAAUAGCUGAUAUAGACUGUGCUCGCUCUAAAACUAUCUGUGAAGUUGAGAAGAUAAAUGGCUUGCCAACACUGAUUCUAUACAAGAAUAAGAACAUAGUGAAUGUAGAACACGGCGGCAAACCACUGGAAAGUCUGAUCACUCUGGUCAAUGAACACCUGCACGACAACAAGACGAUAGAGGAAGAUGAAAAUCAGGGAAAUAAAAAUGAGGAAAAAGAAAAUGACGGAAUUAAAAAGGAGGAAAAUGAAAAUGUGAUAGAGGAAAAUGAAAAAGUAGGAAAUAAAAAUGAGGAAAAUGUGGGAAAUGAAAGUGAGGGAAAUAAAAAUGAGGACAAUGAAAAUGUGGGAAUUAAAAAAGAGGACAAUGAAAAUGUGGUAAAUAAAAUUGAUGAUAAUGAAAAUGUGGGAAAUAAAAAAGAGGAAAAUGAAAAUGUGGUAACUAAAAAUGAUGACAAUGAAAAUGUGGUAAAUAAAAUUGAUGACAAUGAAAAUGUGGGAAAUAAAAAAGAGGAAAAUGAAAAUGUGGUAAAUAAAAUUGAUGACAAUGAAAAUGUGAUAAAUAAAAACGAUGACAAUGAAAAUGUGGUAAAUAAAAUUGAUGACAAUGAAAAUGUGGUAAAUAAAAAUGAUGACAAUGAAAAUGUGGUAAAUAAAAUUGAUGACAAUGAAAAUGUGGGAAAUAAAAAAGAAGAAAAUGAAAAUUAUGAGAUCACUGAAAAACCUUUGCCAAAUAAAGACGAGCUAUAA